UUUAUUAGAACCUAACAUUUCUAGACAUUUCCGAUUGGCCAUGUUUGAUAGGACUGCGCAUGCAUGGGACAAGAUUUAGGAGCAGAUAUGGAUACGUGUGGGUAUAUGUAUAACACGAGUACUAUACGAAUAUAAACGACUAUCUUGUAAAAAUUGCGAGUUUACAGGAAAAUUAAAUUGCAGUGUAAUUGCCUACGUGUUCACUCAACAUGGAUCUAGAUAAUUGCCAGAAAAGUUCUGAUAAAAGCUUUGAUACUGAUGACGAUUCCGAUUAUGCUAUGAUAAGACGAAUAAAAAUGGAACCAGAAACAAUCUUCUCGCCUUCCGAGGAUGAUAUCAUGGCGCAAUUGCAACAAGAUAGUUCAGACUUGGAGGUAGAACCCAGUUUUACGUUGGAAGGCACCGUAAAUGGCGAAUAUAAUGAGGGAGUAAUCAUGCAACAUAUGGACAUUAGAGAACCUUUAUCUACAUUAAGGAGUCUUUUGGAAGAGAGGCUUAGCAUAGAUUUGAAAAACUAUUCGUUUUGGUUACAAAACGCACAGAUGCUGGAAAGCCAUAAAAAUUUGGUCGAUCAAUGUGUCCAAGGAGAGGGGCUAGUUCAGAUUAAUGUACAAAUAAAGCCGAUGCAGAAACGUAUCAACAUAGCAGACGUUCUUAAGCCAGCGGAAGAUUACAUUGAAGUCGUGGAAAAUAAUUCACCGGUGCCUGUUGCUCAAGAAAACAAACGAAAUGUUAUAAAGUGGAUGGUGGAUGCACAGUAUAAAAAGGAUCAGGACCGUUUAAAAAUACCAUCCGAUCCAAAAGAUUGGUCAGAAACACAUGUCAAACAUUGGCUGCAAUGGGCUGUUCGACAAUUUAAUUUAGUAUCAUUACGUUUAGCUGAUUGGAAUAUAACCGGGACGCAGCUGUGUAAUCUUACUAUGGAUGAGUUUCAUGCAAAAGUGCCUCUUGAUCCAGGAGAUGUAUUUUGGACACAUUUUGAACUUCUUAGAAAGUGCAAAUUUGUUGCUGUAGUGCAAAAGGAAACGCCAGAUUCUUCUGGUGAAGGCACAUUGGAAAAGUCUAUGAAAGUGCGAAAUCAAAAAAUAGCAAAAUCGAGGCCUGCGGUGAGCCAACAGACACGUGUGGUUAACAUGCCAUUAGAGAGUGUCGAUCCAACUUCUUCGAUCACUAUUGCUACUUCCAGUCGAUCCGUUAAUAGUGGCCAAAUACAGUUGUGGCAAUUUUUAUUAGAGCUAUUAACGGAUAAAGAAUAUAGGGAUGCGAUUCAAUGGAUUGGGACUGAAGGAGAAUUCAAGCUUAAUCAGCCAGAGGCAGUGGCACAAUUAUGGGGAGCACGUAAGAAUAAGCCGUCGAUGAAUUAUGAAAAAUUAAGUAGAGCUCUUCGAUAUUAUUACGACGGUGAUAUGAUCUCCAAAGUUCAUGGCAAACGAUUCGUUUAUAAAUUCGUUUGUGAUUUGAAACAAUUAUUAGGCUAUUCGGCUGCAGAAUUGAGUAAACUUGUUGAGGAAGGAAGAAGGUAUUUCUGAUGAAGUCACAUAUUUCUAGUUGUUAAUAAAAGAGCUGUAAAUAAUC